AGCGGAAUUCGUGAUUUUGUACUUUUGUAGAGAGAAUAGGGGAGAGAGAGAGAGAGGAGCCCUUGUUCUCAACUUCUCAAUUCUCAUAUCUUCAUCUCCUUAUUGUUAAUAAAAAAUUUUUAUGAGCCUGCGCUCUGCUUCUGCCCUUUCCGACUCCAAUUUCUUCUCUCUUCUAUGUUCUGUACGCCUUGCGAUGGGGGGGAAAACGGCUUCUUUUCACUGUUGACGAACUUCGUUCAUCGUUAGAGGUGAAGGAGCGCCAAGGGAAAAUUGGUGGAGUGGAUUAUGGCUGGGAGUGUGAGCGAUGAUUGUGGGGUUGGGAGGUCUUCGGAGGGGAUCUCAAGUGGGCAGCGUUGCCAAUCUGGGGAAGCACUUGCAGAAUGGCGGUCAUCUGAGCAGGUGGAGAAUGGAACCCCAUCUACUUCACCACCAUACUGGGACACUGACGAUGAUGAUGAUUGUGGCCCAAAACCCUCUGAACUAUAUGGAAAGUUUACAUGGAAGAUAGAGAACUUUUCACAGAUUAGCAAAAGGGAACUUCGGAGUAAUGCAUUUGAAGUUGGUGGCUACAAGUGGUACAUUUUAAUAUACCCACAAGGAUGUGAUGUUUGCAAUCAUCUCUCUUUGUUUCUUUGUGUUGCUAAUCAUGAGAAGCUUCUUCCAGGAUGGAGCCAUUUUGCACAGUUUACAAUAGCUGUUGUGAAUAAAGAUCCUAAGAAAUCUAAAUAUUCUGAUACCUUGCAUCGGUUCUGGAAGAAAGAGCAUGAUUGGGGGUGGAAAAAAUUUAUGGAGUUGUCAAAAGUGUUGGACGGGUUCAUUGUUGCUGACACACUUGUUAUAAAGGCUCAAGUCCAAGUUAUCAGGGAGAAAGCAGACCGUCCUUUUCGUUGCCUUGAUUGUCUGUAUCGGAGAGAACUGGUUCGGGUAUAUUUAACAAAUGUAGAGCAAAUAUGCCGACGUUUUGUUGAAGAGAGGAGAAGUAAGCUCGGGAAGCUGAUUGAGGACAAAGUGAAGUGGUCAAGCUUCCGUGCUUUUUGGUUAGGAAUUGACCAAAAUUCUAGGCGUUGCAUGUCCAGGGAGAAAACUGAUGUCAUCUUAAAAGUAGUCGUAAAGCAGUUUUUUAUAGAGAAGGAAGUCACAUCGACAUUAGUAAUGGAUUCACUCUACAGUGGUCUCAAGGCUCUUGAGUGGCAGAGCAAGUGCAAGAAAGGGAGAGGAAAGCUACUGGAUACUGAGGAACUUCCAGCUCCUAUUGUUUGGGUUGAGAAAGAUAUGUUUGUUUUGGCAGAUGAUGUGAUACUACUUCUGGAAAGGGCCGCCAUGGAGCCUUUGCCUCCAAAGGAUGAGAAAGGUCCUCAGAACCGUACAAAAGAUGGGAAUUGUGGAGAAGAUUCUAACAAGGAUUCAACUGAGCGUGAUGAGAGACGGCUUACUGAGCUUGGUCGGAGGACAAUUGAAAUUUUUCUCCUGGCUCAUAUUUAUAGCAAUAUUAUUGAAGUUGCAUACCAGGAAGCUGUUGCUCUGAAGAGGCAAGAGGAACUCAUACGUGAAGAAGAGGCAGCUGGGUUAGCUGAAAGUGAGCAAAAGGCUAAGCGUGGAGCAGCUGAAAAGGAGAAGAGAUCAAAGAAAAAACAGUCUAAACAAAAGCGAGGCAGUCGCAAAGGAAAAGAUAGGGGAAGGGACGAAAAGUCUGUUGUGGGAGUACAAGACAAGCACCAAGUAGAAAGUCCUACUAAAAGAACCAUGGAGGACUUCUCCGAGAAGCAGUCUUUUAAUGUGCUUAAAAAACAAGAUUCUCUGCAAGAUGUUUCUGAUGUCUCUGAUACAGGAGAUGAUGUUGUUGAGACACUUCAGCCAGAUUUGGAAGACAGGGAUGCUAGUCCUGCCAACUGGGACACUGAUACAUCAGAAGUUCAUCCUUCUACAGAAGCCAGUAGCAGUGGAAUGAGUGGUCUUCCUGUACAAAAUGGACAUGUAGAGAAGAAAAGCCCAUCUGUAAUAGAUGACAGCUCUUCUACAUGUUCUACAGAUUCAGUUCCAUCAGUAGUGAUGAAUGGGCCCUACAAAGUAAAUUCUUUACCAAAGUAUAGAAAUCAAAUAUCUCCGAGCAGAGCAAAGAAUCAGCAUGGUAAGGAGACGUGUGAUAGGAGUAGUUGGGCCAAUGAUACAGAUAACCAUCCAUCUGACCAAGCAUCAGAUGCAGGGCCUCUAAAUGAUGCCUCUGAAAGUAGUAGGGAAGCUGAAACUGAACCUGAAGUUGUUGUUCUCUCAUUGAAGGAUAGGAUACAAUGGCUUGAACAACAUUUAGUUGAGAAGGAAGAAGAAGUUGUUUCACUGCAACGGAAAUUGAGUGUAAAGGAUCAGGUUGAUGUUGAAACACGCAUCAAGCAAAGAACAACAGAAUCAUCUUCCUAUCCCAGCAGUCCCACCACAAAUCGGCCUUCCAAUGUGAUGGCUAAACCAUUGGCAGAAAGCACAGCUCUAGCUGAACCAAUUCCAGUUAGGGAGACUACUUCAAAUAGCUUGUUGCAAGCAGAGAAAGGUGUUUCUCUGACAACACCCCAACCCCAAGUUUCGGCUGUGUCCAAAUCAGAUUCUCAAAAGCCUGUAUCUCCAUCAAGGUCCACACUUGCAUCAAUGGAGAAACCUGUAGCACGACAACUAUCAGUAUCAAGGCCUUCAAGUGCUCCGUUGAUUCCUGGUCACAGGCCUACUGCUCCUGUUGUUUCCAUGGUUAACACAGCACCUUUACUAUCAAGGUCUGUGAGUGCAGCUGGACGAUUGGGCUCUGACCCCUUGCCAACAAGCCAGAGCUAUGCUCCUCAGUCCUACAGAAAUGCCAUAAUGGGUAGAACUGUAGCAGCAGGUGUAGUUGGUUUUGCUCCUCGUCACUCUUCAGGUCCUGCAGUAAAUGCAGCACCGGUGUUCUCUCAACCUCCUGCCUCGGUGUCCUCACCAAUUCUUUCAUCUCAAGGCUCCACAAGGACAGAUCAGGGCUUUGUCAAGUCAGGCUUUAGUUUUGGCAACGUUACUCCAGAAAUACUACAAAGUCGACCACAGUGGAUGGAAGAGUGCAGCCAAAGGGAUACCCGCAACGUAAUCCGUGAUCCAUCCUUGCUAAAUGGUACUCAGAACCUGUACUCACGUGGUACUAGCAGUAGUGGCUCCAGGACAUACUUUGUAGAUGAUCUGACUGCUGGUUUGCCAGCACGACAACCACAAGGAGUAUCUGCAGAUGAGUUUCCCCACCUUGAUAUCAUUAACUACCUGCUUGACGAGGAGCACAACAUUGGUAAGGCAGCUAAAGCGAGCUCAGUCUUCCAAGGUCCCAGUAAUGGGCAUCACCACCUCUUGAAUCGGCAAUUAACUUUUCCAGGUAAUAUGGGUGUAUCAGCAGAUAUGGGGCCUUCUGUUAACUGCUGCAGAUUAGAUCGGCCAACAAGCUACCAUGAUGAUGGGAUGCAACGAAUCUAUAGCUCGAGUGGUCAUUUUGAUGGAAUGAGGGAUGUAGUACCCCAAGUGGGACUGUCGGUAUAUGCGAAUAGUGGGAUUAAUGGACUGGCUCAGAACCGGUGGCCAGUGGAUGGUGCUGAUCUCUCUUUGCUUAGCAUGAGGAAUGGUGAGAGUGAUGGUUACCCAUUUCAGCUGCCAGAGUAUUCAAAUAUGGCUUCUGGGAUAAAUGGUUAUGCUGUAUUUCGGCCUUCUAAUGGACAUUAAAUUAGACCUGUGACAGAGUUCACCUGCAACCGACUGCUUGUCAUCUGUCACAGUAAUGUACGAGGAAAGUGUGGGUCUCAGCUUUAGAGUGAGUUGUAAUCCUUUGAUGGUAAAACGUUUUGUAAAGAGUGAUUUUGCCCCUCUCCUGUU